AUGGCCACACUGACUAGCUUUAACAGAAAAGUGAUUUCUGUGGUUAGCAAACCUCAAAAUCGCCAGAGGAUCAAGACACUGACUAGUGUUGACGAAGGGCUCGAGCUCGACAAUGAACACACUAACUUCCUAUUUGAUGACACGGAUGAGUGGAUCAUUGGGCGUGAACGGAUGCAUUGUAAAGAGACGUCACGCUUGGUCGCAUUCACUGCUGUGGAAGGCAUAUUCUUGGGCUCUGAGUCCCUUUGUGUCCAUAUUCUGGCUCAAGGAACACGGUCUCAUGCCUGGUCUUAUGUUCUCCAACGAGCUUAUCGGCUCCACCUCAAGCAUCGCCUGCACCCUCAAGUGACUGUCUUGCAGCAUGCAGAUUUUGUCAUAUGGCGCCGCAAUUACACACAGCCAGCAAUGAAAAACAUAAUUCUGCAAAUUUCGCAUGGGAGCUUUUCCCUGAUGCAUGUCGUGCGAGCAAUUGCUUGGGUCAAGGUUGAACAACUCGGAGCUUGUGCCCGGAAGGCUGUUCGCCUGUUCCUAAUGCGUACAAGAUCAACUACCGGGGGCUACUAG